UAAAAACUCUUUCUGUCUUUUAUUUGUUAUAUCAUUUUCAUUUGUAAGAGAAUUGCAGAGUUUGUUUUAGUACUAUGACGAGCUAGCAAAGUAGCAAACUCUCAAAGCCUAAAGAGAAUAUUGCUCCCAAACCCAUGAUAGACAGUCAGAGAGAUAGACUGACAUGUGCUCAGAUGUAUCCUCUCCCUCGUGUGUAUUUUAGCCAUAAUUGGAUCCGUACGUUCUGCCGUCAAUCCUAGCGUCCGUACAACUCACAUGUGUAAGAAGAGAAAGGAAGAUUCUCUGCGCAGCUUAAUUGGUAUGUCCGUACAGUUACUGUGAAAAUAAUCUAUCCCUGCGCAGCUUUAUUUUUUGUCAGAAAUCAAAUCCAUGGCGACGUACUUUCACUCAGAAAUCCAAGCCAACACCGGCUCUGAUGGGCUACACACACUUUACCUCAUGAACCCAAACCCCAACCCCAACUACGUACCCUACUCUGACACCCAAAAUCAACACUCUGCGCCCAACAUUCUCUUCCUCAACCCUGCUGCUUCCAUUACCAACGCGCUCAACCCAUCCACCCUAUCUCACGCGCCGCCCCAGAACCAACACCUGGUUGGAAUCCCGCUAGCCGCAAACAAUUCCAACGAUCCCAGCCGUCAAUCCUUGCUUGGGCAGCAAGAAAUUCCGGCCCUUCAUGCCAUCUCGGCCCCUCGUGUUCACUACAACUUGUGGGGUCCAUUGAUGGAUCAAGCGGCUUCAGUGACGGUGGCCAGCAGCUCCGGUAGUGGCCCGGAGAUGGGUUUUCGAGGCCUGGGGCCGAGUCUGAAUCAGCAGCAGCAUCAGGGUUUGUCGCUCAGCCUGUCAUCUCAGCAGACGGCUUUUUAUAAUAAUAGGUCAGUACUUUCAGCUGGCGGCGGCGGCGGCGAGCAUGAUGUUCCGACGAGUGGUGAAGAUUUGAGGGUGUCCGGGAAUUCUCCGUCCUCGGUGUCGGCCGUGUCGAAUGGGAUUUCGGGUGUGCAGAGUGUUAUUUUGGGGACUAAGUACUUGAAGGCUGCACAGGAGCUUCUUGAUGAUGUUGUGAAUGUUGGAAACGAAAUCAAAGUGGACUCCAUGGAGGGGAACAAAGAUAAGAUGAAGAUGAAUAAAGAAUCAACGGCCGUGAUUGGAGAUGAUCCGGGUGAGAGUAGCGGAGCUAAGCAAGGAGCUGAGCUCACCACCGCUCAAAGACAGGAGCUUCAGAUGAAGAAGACAAAGCUUGUUACCAUGCUUGAUGAGGUGGAGCAGAGAUACAGACAGUACCACCACCAAAUGCAUAUUGUGGUUUCAUCAUUUGAGCAGGCAGCAGGUUUAGGUUCAGCAAGAUCAUACACAGCCCUUGCUUUGCAAACGAUCUCAAAGCAAUUCCGAUGUCUCAAAGAUACAAUUUCUUCACAAAUAAAAGCCACAAGCAAGAGCUUGGGUGAGGAUCAGGAUUGCUUAGGAGUUAAGACUGAGGGUGGCUCUAGAUUGAAGUAUGUGGAUCAGCAGCUACGUCAACAGCGGGCUUUACAACAGUUAGGAAUGUUGCAACAUAAUGCUUGGAGACCCCAAAGAGGAUUGCCUGAACGAGCAGUUUCUGUUCUACGUGCUUGGCUUUUCGACCACUUUCUACACCCGUAUCCCAAGGAUUCAGAUAAAGUUGUGCUUGCAAAGCAAACUGGGCUAACUCGCAGCCAGGUGUCUAACUGGUUCAUAAAUGCCCGAGUUAGGCUCUGGAAGCCUAUGGUGGAAGAAAUGUACUUAGAAGAAAUCAAGGAACAUGAGAGAAAUGAUUCUGAGGACAAUAUAAACAAAAGAGAAUCCAACAAGGAGGGGUCAACAACAAUUGCUCCCGCAGACAGUACUGCUGCCACUAGACUUGAUCAAAUGAAAGCCCUCCAAUCAAAAGCAGAAAACUUCACCAACCAAAUGGCUUCUGAUCCUAAUGAAAUCUCAAAUUCUUCUUCAAUGUCAAAAUCCUCCAUGGGAGGAUCCAUUCAAGGUCAUAAUUCAUCAGGCUUCCACCUAGUAGGACUAUCUGACAUGCAAAGAAGUCCAAAGAAGCCAAGGAGUACUUCUGAAUUUCAGAAAUAUUCUCCAAAUAAUCUCCUCUCAAUGGACAUGGAAAUGAAACCUGAAGAAACAAGUAGAGAAAUUAGUACAAGUUUUGGAAGUGAUCAAAGGCAAGCCAAGGAUGAUUACUCUUUAAUUAGUGGCACUCAUGGUGGUGGGUUUGGUGCAUAUCCAAUAGGAGACAUUGGAAGGUUUAAUCCUGAGCAAUUGGCACAAAGAUUUCCUGGAAAUGCUGUUUCGCUCACUCUUGGCCUUCCUCACUGUGAGAACCUGUCUCUAUCAGGAACUCAGCAAAGCUACCUCACGCACCAGAAUAUUCAUAUGGGAAGGAGACUGGAAAUGGGGACUGGUGAAACUGACUUUUGUGGCAUCAAUACCCCACAGCCUUCUCAUUCUAACACCGGCUAUGACAGCAUUGACAUUCAAAACAGAAAGAGGUUUGCUGCCCAAUUGUUACCAGAUUUUGUGGCCUGAUAAAUUUGGAUAUAAUUGCCCACUUUCAAAUUCUCUUAUUUUAGCUCUCCAAAUCAUUUCCAAGUGUUAUCUUGAUACUGCAGGUAACUAUAACUAGUUAAAUGACUUAACAGGCCAAGAAAAGGAAAUGGAGAAAUUAGUAAUUUUUCAGUUUCACUUUCUACUCUCUCUACUAGUGCAUUGAUCCUAGUGAAAAAGGAGAAGCAUUCUUAUUCUAGAGAAAGAAGAAAGUUAUUGUGGGGGUAUACUAGCAGAAAAUAAUACAAAGCUUAGUGGUUGAAUUCAUAAUUGAUGUUGGGGAUUGUAUAUUGUAAUGAUACUUUUUGAAAUAGCUAGGUUGAUUGAUGAUUUUCAUGAAUAUGCAAGUUAGCUAUUUCGUACACAGACUUUGUAAAACUUAAUUCCUGUAAAUGUGUGUAUAUAUUUUGAGUUUGCA